UCUAAAUCUUAUUCAACAAUAACUCAUAAACAAGAACAAUUACUUAGUAUUGAUUAUAAGAAAUCAACAGUUCAAAAAAAUUUGAAUGAUGAACUUGAACAAGAAAUUAGACUUCACCAACAGCUCAAAUUAUUAAGUAAUUUAGAAACUAAUAUGCUGGAAUAG